AGGGCGUUCCUCAAGUACCGUAGCACUCAACUUGCAGCCCAUCUUGCCAAGCUGAGCGAACUAACUGCACAUGUAAAAACCAGCAUUCAUACAGCCAAACAACAAUAUUUCCAGGCAUUUGAAGAGAGGGUGAAGAAUAAUCCAAAGGAGUUCUGGAGAUACGUGCGCAGCAAUGCCAAAAGUGAUAUCUCCGUUCCGCCGCUUAAUCACGAUGACAGUGUUGUACAAAGUGAUACCGAUAAGGCCCAGCUUUUGAAUUCAUUUUUUUAUUCCGUGUUUAACCCGCCUGCACAGCGGGAUGUUUCUUUCGAUGCGCCCUUUGUGACUAAUGAGAUGCCUCCGAUCACACUCCAAGUGGAAGGGAUUAGAAAGCUUUUAAAUGAACUUGAUCUGGAAGCAAGGCUAGACGACCUUGAAAAUCGGUGCCGCAGGACAAACUUGGUUUUUUUUGGCAUACCUGAUGACACAGUGCGAGAGUCAUGGGAGGAGUCAGAAACUCUUGUUAGACGCAUCUGUAAAGGUGACCUAGAUAUUGAUGUCACCUCAAUACAAAGGGCCCACCGUUUAGGUACUUUCAAGGAACGUAGCUGUCGGCCGAUUAUAGCAAGUUUUCGAAAUUGGAAAGAACGUGACAACAUCAUGCGCAACGCCUUUAAAUUCAAAAACUCUGCUUACAGCGUUUCCGAGGAUUUCAGUGCUCUUGUCAGAGAAAAAAGGCGCAAGCUAUGGGACUAUUUCAAAGAUAAACGACAAGAUAAGAACAACAAAGUAUAUCUUACCUACGACAAGCUCGUUAUCAACGGAGACGCGUACGCCUGGGAUUUCGAACAAAGCAUGCCUGUACUCGUUCGUUAA